AUGGACAUGGAUAUGGACGACAAGGAGGAUGGACUCAUGAAUGACGAGUUCUACGCUCGUAUCGUACUUGCGGCAGAACGGAAGCGAGCCCAUAACUACCGACUGUCAUUCCAACAAGGCGUCGGCUCCUCUUUCGAUCCGGCAAAGGAAGACCCCGAUGAAUGGGAACAGGACCUGAAAGCCGCAGCUUCCGCUGAUGAGGGUCCCCGACCACCAUCCGAAUACGACGAAGAUGAAGCAGACAAUCUCGCAUCUCGCGCCGAGGACGACGCUUAUUGGGAGGCACUAGGAAGUAUUGACGAACUAGAUAACCUGGACUCGUCAAUUAUCGAUGCGUCCGAGGCGCGACCAAUGGAUGCCAGUGGCAUGGACAUCGAUUGA